AUGGACAAGGACCUUGUUACCCAGUUGGGAAUCGACCGGAGACCUCUUCCACAGGCUGUUCCAGCCAGCACCCUGGACGGUCAUCUUCUGGCAACGGUGACUAACCAAACCGUCCCGGUACACAUGCUGUUAUCCGGCAACCACCACGAGACAAAUCAGAUUCCACAUCCUGCAAACCCCUCCCAUCCCCCUCAUUCUGGGAUACCCCUGGCUGCGUCGACAUAAUCCACACGUCGACUGGACUACGGGAGCUUUUCGGGGUUGCUGUAACGACCUGCUGCAAGACACCAGGUCGCACUCGCACUCUUUAAUCCCUAUCGACUCCGGAAAGAUUGGCCAUGCGGGAGUAGGUUGACUCUUCUCUGGCGGCUGGAAUUAUUGACAUCACUCUCAAAAACAGGAGGAGGAGGAGGGAUUUAUUCUGACUUCAACACAGAUAUCGUCUUAUUUAAAGGAGAGAAGAAGAGCUUCAUGUUCAACACGGACACUGAUGAGAACAAUUUAUUUUUAAGAAGAUGAAAGCGGGAAACUGAUUUAAUGGAACGGCUUCUGUUGGAGACAGAAGAUGGAUUCUGGAAGCAGAUUUGAAGAAAAAUGACAAGUCUGGAAACCGCGACGUUUUUAAUUGAAAAUUUAGUUUCUUUAAAAGGCAAGACGGAAAUUAAUUCACCAUGCUUUAUCAAAGAACAGAUGCAGGUCUCCAGAACCAAAGAAGUGGAACAGUGAAGAUCCUUCCUACAAGUGCACAGGACGCACUGUAUAUAAAAAUAUCAGACAAGAUGAAGUUAAUAAACAGUCUGUGAUUCUAAACCAACAGAAGAUGAAGUUAAUAAACGGUCUGUGAUUCUAAACCAACAGAAGAUGAAGUUAAUAAACGGUCUGUGAUUCUAAACCAACAGAAGAUGAAGUUAAACGGUCUGUGAUUCUAAACCAACAGAAGAUGAAGUUAAWMGGUCUGUGAUUCUAAACCAACAGAAGAUGAAGUUAAUAAACGGUCUGUGAUUCUAAACCAACAGAAGAUGAAGUUUGGAAGCCGACUCUGCACCCUGAACGUCGGAGGUCGCAGGUUUUCCUUCCCGGUGGAUCUGAUGAAGCACCUCCCUCUCAGGAGACUCAGCCAGCUGCAUCGCUGCAUGUCAGAGAGCGAGCUGCUAGAGCUCUGUGACGACUAUGACCGCGAUAGGAACGAGUUUUUCUUCGACCGGCACUCGGAGGCGUUCAGCUUCAUUAUGCUGUAUGUGCAGCACGGGAAGCUGCGCUUUGUGCCGCACAUGUGCGAGCUGUCCUUCUAUAACGAGAUGUUAUACUGGGGUCUGGAGAGCUCCGACCUGCAGCCGUGCUGCCAGCGACGCCUCGAUGACCGCAUGUCCGACUGCUUCGUCCACUUUUUCCCGGAGGAGAGACCACGGAGCCCCGAGGAGCUCCGGAGCCGCUGGCUGGAGAGGAUAAGGAGGACGUUCGAGGAGCCCACGUCCUCACUAGUGGCUCAAAUCCUCGCCUCUGUUUCAAUGCUGUUUGUGGUCAUCUCCAUGGUGAUGCUGUGUGCAAGCACCUUACCGGACUGGAAAACCGCUGAGACCCUGGACCAGCAUAGGAUCAUUGAGGCGGUGUGUAUCGGUUGGUUCACGGUGGAGUGUAUUGUCCGCUUCCUCGUGUCAGUGGAUAAAUGGGAGUUUGUCCGUCGUCCUCUGAACAUCAUCGACCUUCUGGCCAUCACUCCAUACUACGUCUCCGUUACCAUGACGAUACUGACCGGAGAGAACUCCCAGCUGCAGCGAGCCGGCGUCUCACUUCGCGUCCUCCGCAUCAUGCGGAUCUUCUGGGUGAUCAAGCUGGCUCGUCACUUCCUCGGUCUGCAGACACUCGGCCUGACGCUGCGGCGCUGCUACCGAGAGAUGAUGAUGCUGCUGGUCUUCGUCUGCGUUGCCAUGGCCAUCUUCAGCGCGCUGGCUCAGCUGCUGGAGCACGGUCUGGACCCGGAGGCCGGAAACAAGGACUACGCCAGCAUCCCCGCCGCCUGCUGGUGGGUCAUCAUCUCCAUGACCACGGUGGGGUACGGAGACAUGUACCCGGUGACGGUGGCGGGACGAGUUCUGGGCGGAGUCUGCGUAGUGAGCGGCAUUGUGCUGCUAGCACUUCCGAUCACCUUCAUUUACCACAGCUUCAUCCAGUGUUACCACGAGCUCAAGGUACGCUCCACCCGCUGCUGCAACAGUCUGUCAGCAGAGUUCAUCAACUGAGUUCAUCAACUGAGUUCAUCAACUGAGUUCAUCAACUACUGUGAACAUAAGUUUUCUCUUCAAGUGUUCAGACGUAUUUCAGUUUUUGAUCAGUGAGUUAAAAAUGUUUAAAAAGAUUUAACUUAUAAAAGAAGCUCAAUCUGUGGUUGUGAAAUACUUUACUUUGAAAACUCUCAAUUUAGACUUUUAUUAAAGAAUUGUUCAAAUUUGAAAAGCUUGAUCAGAAAAGUUAAAAACUUGUUAAAAAUUGUUUUAGUAAAAGUCAGAAGUGAAUAUAUAUAUUUAUACAGAACAUCAUCAAUGGAGCUUAAUAGAUAAUAAUAGAUGUGAUUUAUUCAGUUAUUAUAACUUAGAUCCUUGUUUUUGUGAUGAUUUUCAAAGUAUAACAUUAAGUAUUCAUCAGAUUAUACGAUGAAGAUCUUUAUGGUUAUUUGUUUUAAUAAAAUUAUUGUGAAUUAUUA